AAUGACAUUUACAGCAUUGAAUGGUGUAUUUGUGACGGAAUUGCAUAUCUAUUCUUUUCUGAAAAUUAAGAAAUUAAGUUGAAGAUUAAAAGAAAUAAGUUUAAAUAAUUCUUACAUCUCAUUAAUCAAAAAUUUUGAAGAAGAUCUAGCCAUGGGUAGAUCUCGUUCCCGAAGCCGAUCUCCAAAAAAACAUCAUAAAAGCAAACACCAUAAGAGGAGUAAAUCUAGAGAUAGACGGGAAAAAAGAUCAGAAUCCAGCUGCAAAAGUUUGAAAAGUAUUGAAAAAGUCAGGGAAAAAUCUUCAAAAUCUAGGAAAAGAUCUCAUUCUAUAUCUUCCACAUCAAGCAGUGAUGCAUCUAACGACACAAAGUUUGAUAAACAUAAGAGGUCCAGAACACAUAGAAAAAUGGACGAAGUGGAAAGAUUAGCAGAGAUGGAAAGGCAAAGAAGACAGAGGGAGACCGAGCAUCGCCUGAUCGAAGAGGAAGCUGCUAAGAGAAUUGAGGAAAUGGUGAAGAAACGUGUAGAAGAAGAAUUAGAGAAAAGAAGAGAUGAAAUUGAGAGAGAAGUGAAUAGACGUGUGGAAGAGGCCAAAAGGAUAAUGGAAAAACAAAUGAUGGAAGAUUUGGAAAAAAGAAGAGAAAAGCAAAUGGAAGAAGAGAGAAGAAGACAGGAAGAAGAAAUGCAGAAACAAGCAAUGGUAGAAAAAAUACUCGAGGAAAAUCAAAGAAAGAUAGAAGAAGCUCAAAAGAAGUUGGCCGAAGAGAGAUUGGCCAUGGUUGAGGAACAGAGGAAAAUGGAUGAAGAGAGACAAAGACUUCGAAAAGAACACGAAAAAAGGAUUAAAGAAGAGCAAAAAAAAAUCUUGGGUAAAAAUAACUCUAGGCCUAAGUUAUCAUUUUCUUUCAAGCCUACAUUAUAAAAAUGUAAGUGGUACAACAAAUUAUAAUAAUAUUAAAAUUUGCCAUCGCAAAUUUCAAUAUUUUAAGUCAUGAAAGGCUAUUAAUUAUUUUUUAUUGAAAUGAUGAAGAAUAAGAAGUUGUUUCAGGUACAAUUUAUAAUGUAAUUAUAAAGACUUUUUUGUACAGUUUAUAUAAAUUAGGUAUGAGUCUAUUGUACAGUUUAUGGAAUAAGUCAAUUGUAAUAUAAAAACCUACCAUUCAUAA